UGGAACUGCGCAGGCGCAAAAUAUACUGUGGGACCGCGUGGAGAACCAGCAGGGACACAGGCUCUCCGAAGAGAGCAAAAGAAGUUCAUUAUCGGGGAAACUAAGACGCAUCAAAGAUGCUUGUUUUGUUCGAAACCGCAGCUGGCUAUGCCAUAUUCAAAGUACUGGACGAGCAAAAACUCCAGGAGGUUGACAGCCUGUGGAAGGAGUUUGAAACGCCAGAGAAGGCGAAUAAAAUGGUUAAACUGAAGCACUUUGAGAAAUUCCAGGACACAACAGAGGCCUUGGCAGCGGCCACGGCCAUGACGGAGGGCAAGAUUGGCAAGAGCCUGAAGAAGGUCCUGAAGAAGGUGGUUGCCAAGGAGGCCCACGAGCAGCUGGCCAUCCACGACACCAAGCUGGGAGGAGUCAUCAAGGAGAAGCUGAACCUGAACUGUGUGCACAGCCCGGCCGUGGCUGAGCUGAUGAGAGGCAUCCGCACCCAGGUGGAGGGCCUCAUCACCGGCCUGCCUCCCCGCGAGAUCAGUGCCAUGUCCCUGGGUCUCGCCCACAGCCUGUCCCGCUACAAGCUGAAGUUCAGCCCAGACAAGGUGGACACCAUGAUUGUCCAAGCCAUCUCUCUUCUAGACGACCUGGAUAAGGAGUUGAAUAACUACAUCAUGCGCUGCAGAGAAUGGUACGGCUGGCACUUCCCAGAGCUGGGCAAGAUCAUCACAGACAACCUGGCCUACUGCAAGAGCGUCCGCAAGAUUGGCGACCGUACCAACGUAGCGACUACAGACCUGUCUGACCUGCUGCCAGAGGAGGUGGAGGCGGAGGUGAAGCUCGCCGCGGAGAUCUCCAUGGGAACCGAGGUGUCGGAGGAGGACAUCCUCAACGUCAGGCACCUCUGUGACCAGGUGAUUGAGAUCUCGGAGUACCGCACGCAGCUCUACGACUACCUGAAGAACCGCAUGAUGGCCAUCGCCCCCAACCUCACAGUCAUGGUGGGAGAGCUGGUCGGAGCUCGCCUCAUCUCCCAUGCAGGUUCCUUGCUGAAUCUGGCCAAGCACCCGGCCUCCACAGUGCAGAUCCUGGGGGCGGAGAAGGCCCUGUUCAGAGCCCUGAAGACCCGCAAAGACACUCCCAAAUAUGGUCUCAUCUACCACGCCUCCCUCGUGGGCCAGACCAGCGCCAAGAUGAAGGGCAAGAUUUCCAGAUCGCUGGCCGCCAAAACUGCGUUGGCCAUCCGUUACGAUGCCCUGGGUGAAGACACAAACGCAGAGAUGGGCCUGGAGAACCGUGCCAAGCUGGAGGCUCGAGUGCGCCAACUAGAGGAACGGGGUAUCCGACGAAUCAGUGGAACAGGCAAAGCUCUCGCAAAGGCAGACAAAUACCAACACAAAAGCGACGUGAGGGUGUACGACCCGUCGGGCGACUCAACGCUACCCACCACCUCCAAGAAGAGGAAGUUUGAGGAGACGGAGGAGCAGGAGGAGGAGGCUCAGGAGGAGGAGCAGCCGGUACAGCCCAAACCCAAGAAGAUCAAGAAGGAGAAAGCAGCAGCAACCGCCGCAGCAGCAGAAGCCGAGGUUGAAGUGAAGACUGAACCCGAGGCGGAAGCGGAGAGCGGCGAGCCAAAGAAGAAGAAAAAGAAGAAGAAGCAUUCUGAGGCAGCGGCGGAGGAGCCCAAAGCAGAGGAGGAGGAGGAGGCGAUAGCCAGCCCCACAGAAGAGACAACCGAAAAAAAGAAGAAAAAGAAGAAGGCUAAGAAAUCAGAAGCGGAGUGAAAGAAGUCAUGAUGCAGAUUUUUUUUUUUUAUAAUAUUUUUUUUUUAUUUUCUCUGAAGAAAUGAAAGGUUUUUUAGUGGAAAAUGAAACUCAACAACUCUGGAGUAUUUCUAAAUACUUUGUUGGUGAAUUUAAGUUUUCCAAAUGGUGCGUUUAUGUUGAUGGGUUUGUUCAAGGUGGAACUAAACCUAUCGUAAUUAUGUUUUUGUGUAUAUACAUGUGUGCUAUUCUUAAAAAAUGCCAUGUCACAUUUUUCCCAUUGCUCAUUACUUAUGAUGACAGAACAAUGUCUUUUCUUUUUAGAGCACAAGAGAGCUUUGUAAAGUGCAAAAUGAACAUGAUCAUUGGCCUUUAUAAGACCAUGGAUAUGGACCUUGAGUUUUCCUGGAUAAUAAAUCAAUUAUUUCCUUA